AUGGAACGCCCAGACGUUUCAUAUGUCAUCAGAAGUAUGACUGAUAGUGAUGUCAAGAGUCUGGAAAACUUGGAUCCUGACGAGUUCACCAUAAUAUAUCCCAGAGCCAUUUACCAUCGACACGUGAGAUACUUCCCCAAGUUAUCUCUCGUAGUGCAGGUUAAUGAUAAUGUGGAGGGGUUUAUCAUAGGCAGCUUCGCAAUCAACCAAGGUGUGAUCUACGGGCACAUAACAUCAAUAUUUAUAAACGAGUCUUACCGUAGGCGUGGCUUUGGGGGUAAGCUGAUGAACGAGUUUGAGGAGAACAGCAGGAUGCUGAAGUGCAAAUAUGUCAACCUAUUCGUCAACUAUCGCAACACAUCAGCAAUCCAGUUCUACAGGGGGCGCAAUUACUACAUCUUCAACAAGAUUCCGAGGUACUAUAGCGAUAACGAGGACGCUUUGGAGAUGAGGAAGAAUCUGGAGUGA